AUGGCCUUGGGCAAGAUUUAUCCCUCGGCCACGGAGGCGAUCAAGGGCAUCGAGAAGAGCCAGACACUGCUUGUCGGCGGCUUUGGCCUCUGCGGUAUUCCCGAGAACCUCAUCGCCGAACUGAGAAAGAACACCCACAUCAACGACCUCACCGUCGUCUCAAACAACGCUGGGGUCGACGACUGUGGACUCGGCCAUCUCCUGAAGACCCGCCAGAUCAAGCGCAUGGUCAGCUCCUAUGUCGGCGAGAACAAAGAGUUUGAGAACCAGUAUCUCAACGGCGAGCUUGAAGUCGAGCUCACUCCUCAGGGCACUUUGGCUGAGCGUCUCCGCGCCGGCGGUGCCGGCAUCCCCGCCUUUUAUACGGCCACCGGCUACGGCACCACUGUCCAGGAGGGCGGUAUUCCCAUCAAAUACGAUCCUGCUGGAGGCCGCGGCAAGGUCCCUGCGAUUGUCAGCGAGCCCCGCGAAACGCGCGAGUUCCACGGACGCAACUACGUCAUGGAGAAAGCCAUCACCGGCGAUUAUGCUCUGAUCAAGGCUUGGAAGGCUGAUACCGAGGGCAACCUCAUCUUCCACCGCACUGCACGCAACUUCAACCCUGCCAUGGCCCGCGCCGCCAAAGUCACUAUUGCUGAGGUUGAGGAAAUCGUUCCAGCUGGCACGUUUUCGCCAGAAGACAUCCAUCUUCCAGGAAUUUAUGUGCAUCGCAUCAUCAAGGGUGAGAAGUACGAGAAGCGCAUCGAGCGUCUGACCCUGAACACUGGCGAUGGCUUGAAUGUCCCCGGCAAGAAGGGCACUGGCCAGCUGCUCGAUGAUGCCGCCAAGCGCCGCGAGCUGAUUGUUCGUCGUGCCGCCGCCGAGUUCAAGGAUGGCAUGUACGUCAACCUGGGCAUCGGCAUGCCGAUGCUGGCCAGCAACUACAUCCCCGAGGGCAUGACCGUCCACCUGCAGAGCGAAAACGGCAUCCUCGGCCUCGGCCCCUUCCCCAAGCCCGGCGAGCAAGACCCGGACCUGAUCAACGCAGGCAAGGAAACCGUCACGCUGCUGCCCGGAGCCUCGAUCUUCUCGAGCGACGACUCGUUCGCGAUGAUCCGGGGCGGACACAUUGACCUCACCAUCCUCGGCGGCAUGGAGGUCUCUCAGUCCGGCGACCUCGCCAACUGGAUUAUUCCCGGCAAGAUGGUCAAGGGCAUGGGCGGCGCCAUGGACCUGGUUGCCACCGAGGGCACCAAGGUCGUGGUAACGAUGGAGCACACGGCCAAGGGCGGUCGGUCCAAGAUCCUCGAAAAGUGCUCACUGCCGCUGACCGGCAAGGCUUGCAUCGACAUGAUCAUCACCGAUCUGUGCGUUUUUGAGGUCGAUCGGGACCGCAAGGUUCUCCAGCUGGUGGAGCUGAUGCCGGGUGUCACCGUGGAAGACGUCAAGAAGAACACAGGAUGUGCCUUUGAAGUGGCUCUGAGGAACUAA